AUCAAAAUGGUGGCCAAUGGUGUGUGUUGUUGUUGUGUAAAAAGUAAAAACGUGUAAAACGUAAAAUACAAUUUUUAAAGCCAUGGCCGACGAAAAUACAAGUGAUAAAAAAAUUUUAUUUAAAAAGCGCAAAAUAAAUAAAACAUCAACAAGAAAACGAAAAACUGAUGAAGAUAAUAAUGGAAGUAGUGAAGAUGAAACAAUCAUUGUGAAAAAAGAAAAAAAAAUAGAUAAUAAUCCUCUGAUACAAAGGACUAAUACUAAAAAACAACAACGAUCAAGAAAUGAUUCAAGCAGUGAGGAUGAAAGUGUAUUGAGAGUUUCAUAUAAAAGCAAAAAAACUAGUGAAAUUGCUGGUCCAGGUGAUCAAGGUGCAACAUCAGUUAUUGAGACUGAAACAGAAUUGGACAAGGAUGCCCAAGCAAUAUUUGAAAAAGCCCAAAAAAUAAAUGAAGAAUUAGAAGGAAAAGAAGAUGAUAAAAUAUAUCGUGGUAUGAAUAAUUAUGCUCAAUAUUUUAAGAAAAAAGAUACUGCUGCUGGAAAUGCCUCGAGUGGAAUGGUAAGAAAAGGUCCAAUAAGAGCACCAGCAAAUAUACGAACAACAGUAAGAUGGGAUUAUCAACCGGAUAUUUGUAAGGAUUACAAAGAAACUGGAUUUUGUGGAUUUGGUGAUAGUUGUAAAUUUUUACAUGACAGAUCUGAUUAUAAACUUGGUUGGCAAUUAGAGAGAGAAGGUACAAGUGGUACUGCCAAUGACAGUGGUGAUGAUGAUGAUGAUAAAAAAUAUGAAAUUGACAGUGAUGAAGACACUUUGCCAUUUAAAUGUUUUAUUUGUCGUGAAUCAUUUACCGAUCCAAUUAUUACAAAAUGUAAGCAUUAUUUUUGUGAAAAAUGUGCUUUAGGACAUUACAAAAAAUCUACUCGAUGUUUUAUUUGUAAUGUUCAAACAAAUGGAGUAUUUAAUCCGGCAAAAGAAUUAAUUGCAAGAAAGAAAUUAGAAGACGACGAAGCUAAUACAAGCAAAAAGUGUUGUGAUAGUGACAAUGAAAAUAAUGAGGAUGAUGACGAUUAAUUUGAAAAUUAUAAAUAAUCAAAUGACAAUAUUUUUAUUAAUAAAUUGAAUGGUAAUAUAAAAAAUCGUUAAAGGCUAUUAAAUUAGUUUAGUAGUGCAAUUUGUGUGAGUAUGGGGGUAUGAUUAUGGGGGUUCAAGAAAUAAAAUAGAUUUUUUUGUUCAGUGCGUAGAAUGUCAUCUAAACUCAUCCAAUGGAUUUCACUUGUAUUUGAUGAUUUAAAAUAGUUGCUAUUAUUAAAAAGAAAAAAAAAAAAUUGUACACAAAAAAAAGUAAUAU